UAUAUAUAUAUAUAUAAAAAAUAAAUUAUUUUUGUUAAAAUUGUCUAUAUCUUGGUUGAUAAAAAUAACUUAAUACAUCUACGAUAAUAUUAGUAAAUUGCAUUUCAUAAUUUAGGAUCGAUAAAGUGAUCAAAAUUUAAGUGUCAAAUCGCGUUUUCUUUUUGGAUAUUUUAAUUUAUGAUUAAUAUGGUUGAUAACAAUAACAUCACUAUUAGGUUAGCUAGAUCGGACGAAAAAGAAGCGGUAAGACAUUUUUUGCGUAAAUUUUUCUACAGAGAUGAACCUUGCAAUAAAUAUAUGAAAUUGAUAACAGAAGAAACUCCCAUAUGUGAGGAUUUGGAAAAAUAUACGUUAAAAAACUUCGAUAGUGGAUUAAAUUUAAUUGCCGAAGAUAAAAAUCGAAUUGUGGGAGUGUGUAUAAACAGUAUCAUUGAAAGAGAUAAACCAAAUGAAAAUAUUUUAAUUACCGAUAAGAAAUUUGUGAUAACAGCGAGUUUGUUGGGAUACGUAGAAGAGCAAGCUGCUCUUUUUCAAAAAUAUCCCGAGGUCAGCAAGAUCUUCGAUAUUAGCAUAUUAUCUGUUGAUACAAGUUACAGAGGAAAAGGAAUAGGGAACGCGUUUUGCCAAAAAUCAAAAGAUAUUGCCAAAGAACAAGGUGCGCAAUUGAUGUCUAUGACAUGUACUAGUUUCUUUUCUGCGUCUAUCGCUGAAAAAAAUGGAUUCGAGGUGGUAUAUGAAUUGGAUUAUGCAGAUUACAAAAUUAACGGUGAAGUAGUUCUUGAACCAGAACACCCACACAAAUCUAUAAAAAUGCUUGUAUAUAGUGAACUUAAUAAUAUCCCAACUAUUAGGUUUGCUAGAACAGACGAAAAAGAAUCAGUAAGACAGUUUUUGAGAAAAUCCUUCUUCAAAGAUGAACCUUGCAAUAAAUAUAUGAAAUUGAUAACAGAAGAGACUCCCAUAUGUGAGGAUUUGGAAAAAUAUACGUUAAAAAACUUCGACAAUGGAUUAAAUUUAAUUGCCGAACAUAAAAAUCGAAUUGUGGGAGUGUGUAUAAACAGUAUCAUUGAAAGAGAUAAGCCAAGUAAUAAUAUUUUGUUUACUGAUAAGAAAUUUGUUAUAAUAGCGAAUUUACUGGGGUACGUAGAAGAGAAAGCCGCUCUUUUCCAAAAAUAUCCUAAUGUAAGCAAGAUCUUCGAUAUUAGAUUAUUAUCUGUUGAUAACAGUUACAGAGGAAAGGGAAUCGCGAAGGCGUUUUGCAAAAAAUCAAUAGACAUUGCUAAAGAACAAGGUACGCAACUGAUGUCUAUGAUAUGUACUAGUUCCUUUUCUGCGUCUAUCGCUAAAAAAAAUGGAUUUGAGGUGGUAUAUGAAUUGGAUUAUGCAAAUUACAAAAUUAACGGUGAAGUAGUUCUUAAACCAGAACACCCACAUAAAUCUAUAAAAAUGCUUGUAUAUAGUAAACUAUGA